AUGUCUGGAUUUGACAAGAGCGAUACAGCUCGUGUGGGUCGUAAAAACCAAGUUUACUCUGCCGUAACGGGUGCAAGGCUAGUGGCAGGAUGUGUGUGUCUCAAUGAGUCUAAAACUCACGUUUUGAUGAUUCAAUCGUCAGCUCACAAGAAGAAAUGGGUCCUGCCGAAAGGCGGAGUCGAGGCGGACGAGACGGACUUCAAGGCUUCUGCCAUGCGAGAAACGUGGGAGGAAGCCGGGGUCUUGGGGCAUGUAACACAAAAGCUGGGAGUCAUUGAGGAUUUGAGACCUCCCAAGGACUGGAACAAAGACAUCAAGGCUUUUGAAAACGCAACAGGCGACGCAGAGGUGAAUAAGCAUCCACCCCGGUCGGAGUUCCAUUUUUUCGAGAUGCUGGCCGAAUCACUCGCAGAACAUUAUCCAGAGGUCCACGAGCGCAGCAGGAAAUGGUUUACGUACCAGGAAGCAUUAGAACAGCUACAGAUAGCCAAACGACCGGAGCUUAUAGAGGCGCUCAAUCGCUCCAGCAUUAAGAAGUAA